GACUAUCAGAAUACAGCUAACUCUGUCCUCUUUUAAAAGUCCUGGUAAGAAGACCUAGCAUCCUCUUACAGUGAGUGAUUUUUCCUAGACCAGUGUCUACACUGCAGAAGUUGCUCACUGUGCUUCAGUCUGGGUUUUACUCUGAUGGAGAAUUAGUGUCUGUGAAAUAUGGGCAGUAGUGUAUGUUAAUUCUGACACAUGAUGUUAAUAUUGCUGCUUGCCACUCUAUCAGAUCUGGUUACACAAGGAUGGAAAAGGACAUGUUAGUGUGGAGGGGUUUUAAUGGGAUAAAGAGUAUGUGUAGAUAGCUUGUACACAGAUACAGAUUCUGCUGUGAUGAGCUGACUAUCUUUGCCAAAAAUUAACCUGCUUACUUGAUGAAAACAUGAACUUUUGUAUUGCUUUUGUAUUGCUCAAUCUGUAUUGACAGAUGUUCUUUAUGUUAUUUUGGAUUGGGGAUUACCAUGGAAAAGGAUUCUGCUGUGCAAGCAGGAUGGAGGUGCAAAGAUUCCCCCAAAGCGUACUGAUUUAAUAUGCUCAUUCAGAGCAUGCGGCUAGUGAGAGCAUGCUAGUGCUUGGGAGCUAGAUGGGCUGUCCAGCACUGUGUGGAUACUGUGUUUGAUUCAAUUAAAAUCAGCAAAUCUUUGAUAUUUCUCACUGCCCACUUGCCUUCACCAAACUCAAAGUAAGGAUUCCAUGGGUAUUGCUGUGGGUAAGCUGCCACUGAACGUUGACUCAGUUCAUGGUCUGGGAGGUCCUGUCUAGGGGUACCAUGAGCUGUAAACCUGCCUGUAUCAGUGCACAUAGCCUGACUGAGCAUGAUUCUUCUUGUAAAACAAGAGAGAAGUAUGAAGAAGAUGAAAUCCAGGGUGCAAGGGCAUACUCUAUGAGGGCUGAGACACAUAAAACCUGAGGACCCCCUUCUGGCAGGUCAUACUGGGGCAUUUGGAGGCGUACAGGCAAACCUUCGACAGUUGUACAUACGCAUCUGUUCUCCAAACUGAUGGGGGCAAGAUGUUUCUGUCAGGGACUGAAUGGCCUAGUUUCAGCUGAAAAUGUCAAUUCUGAUGAGGCUUUGCUAGUGGAGACAACUUUCAGGGACCUGAGCCCUCAAAAGACUGUGAGAGUGCUGGCAGUAGUCAGUUUGGACUACAGUGCAUCAGUGGUCUGUUGUCAUGACUCAGCAGACAGAAUCCACAGCAGUGAUUUUUGCCUGCUUACUGUAAUUCUUUGUCUGUAUUCUCCCCUCAGUCUUUACAGGAAUCCUGUAAAGGACUGCAUAUAUCUAUUUUUAAUAUACACUUCUGACAGCAUGUAAAGGUUAUAGGAGGAAAGUCAAUACUGUCCAUGUUUGGUAGGUCAGUACUCAGUGGUUUGGUUUUGCCUGCGGGCUGACAUUUCAUACUUAGCAUUUUACCCAUUGUGAGAUGGGUUUAUCUUCUAAUCAGUAAUAUGUAAGCCCACAUUUACAUGACAUCUCUGGCUAGCCACCAGUGGGGAGAACUUCUUAGCAAUCUCCUUCCCUAUCUCCCUUUCCAGAGCUCUCCCUGCCUGUCAGUGCAGAGCUGGAAGGGGGAUUUGUCACAGGGUCUGCUGUCAGCCCUGCAGCACUUUUACCCACUGCCCUCCUCAGAGGCUGCAUUGUGCCCUUUGGUGAAAGGUCACUGGCUCCAGUUUCAGCUGGCGCCAUCCAAGCGACUAACAUUUCAUAUCAAUUAGAAAAGGUGUCACCUUUAAGGCUCAGGACUGGCCCAUGCACCAGUGCAAGUGUGAAUAAUCCCCAAGAGCUCUUUAUAUUAGAUGGCAAAUCUCCCAGAUCUGUCAAAUUAAAGUUUUUUUUUUUUGAUCUUCCUAUAUUAUUCCAACCCCUUGUACUGAGAUGUUCUCAGGCUUGUAGAUAAUCAUCACACAUUUUUUACACAAUCUGAUUUCUCCCCAAAAUGGUAAUUAUUUGUAUAGCCUAAUCAUUCCAUAUAAUCAUUUGGGUUGUUAUGUUUCAGUGGGAUUACAGUAUUAACAAAAUAAUAAAGGGUGAAGUUUUCAUACAAUCCAAUUGUGUGCCUUUAUCCAGGUUUAAUUUCUCUUUUUGCUGUGCUGUUCACUGCAAUAUUUAUGGAAAGAUUGGCUGAAGAGUCUGUGUUCUUUACAUAAUAAUCAGCACAGCCAAACACAGCUUCACCUCAAAAUAAAACAGCAACCCAGGAUCUCAACACGGCAAGAGAGCAUUUUGUCCAGCUGAGAAGGAGCUCUGGUACCAGGCAAAAAUGACGGACAAAAGCCCCUUCGAAACAGAUAUGCUGACCCUCACGCGGUUCGUCAUGGAGAAGGGACGCCGCGUGAAAGGAGCGACGGGGGAGCUGACGCAGCUGCUCAACUCCAUGCUGACUGCCAUAAAGGCCAUUUCUGCUGCUGUCAGAAAGGCAGGCCUUGCCCACAUGUUUGGUAUAGCUGGCACUGUGAAUGUGACAGGUGAUGAGGUGAAGAAGCUGGAUGUGUUAUCUAACUCCCUGGUGAUUAACAUGCUCCAGUCCUCCUACAGCACCUGUGUCCUGGUCACAGAGGAGAACAAGGAGGCCAUCAUCACCCCGAAAGACAAGCGGGGUAAAUAUGUGGUGUGCUUUGACCCCCUCGACGGUUCAUCCAAUAUAGACUGCUUGGCACCGAUAGGAACAAUAUUUGCUAUCUACAAAAAGGAAACAGAUGAUGAGCCCUCUGAAAAAGAUGCUUUACAGCCUGGACGCAAUAUUGUUGCUGCAGGCUAUGCCCUGUAUGGUAGUGCCACGCUGGUUGCCCUCUCCACAGGGCAAGGAGUGGACUGCUUCAUGCUUGAUCCGGGUAUUGGUGAAUUUAUUUUGGUGGACAGAGAUGUUAAAAUCAAGAAGAAGGGAAAAGUAUACAGUCUCAAUGAAGGCUAUGCAAAGUAUUUUGAUCCUGCAAUGACAGAAUAUUUGCAAAAGAAGAAAUUCCCUGAGGAUGGCAGUUCCCCAUACGGUGCCAGGUAUGUGGGCUCCAUGGUAGCUGAUGUUCACCGUACAUUGAUGUACGGUGGGAUCUUCAUGUAUCCUGCCAAUCAGAAGAGUCCUAAAGGAAAGCUCCGACUUCUCUAUGAAUGCAACCCUAUGGCUUUCAUCAUUGAGCAGGCAGGUGGCAUAGCAACUACAGGGACCGAAGCAGUGUUGGACGUGAAACCUGAGAAUAUUCACCAGAGAGUUCCGUUCAUACUUGGCUCUCCAGAUGAUGUGCAAGAAUACCUUGCUUGUGUUCAGAAACACCAGAAGAGCAGCUAAAGACUUUCCACAUCCAGAUCUUGCUUGCCCAUUUUCAGUCUUCAAGAAAAGCUUUACCUUUCAAAUACUGGAUUAUAGAAUUUACCAGCAAUAUCUCACUGUAAGUCCCAGUUUAUAAGAGCAGGAAAAAUAGUGAGAUUUUGUUUCUCCUUGCAGGCAAAUGUAAAAAUCCUGUAAUUCUGAUUUAUUCAAGGCAAGUGCAGAGACAGAGUCAUGACAGACAGAAACUACUUACUUUAUAUAAUAUUAACAAAAGGAAGUGAGUUGUGUCAGUAUCCCCAUUUGAUCUGAAGUUUUCCAUCUAACAUUACAUGGAUGGCAUUGUUUGCAACAGGAUUUCUGCAUCAAUACUUCCAAUAUCAUUAUCUGGAUUUUCUGUCAGAGACUUUCUUGCAGAUGCAUUUUAUCUUGACAGCCCUAAGAAGAGCAAAAGUCUUAUGCUGUCUAAAACAAUAUUUUUAAGCUGCGAAUUAUAUAUAUUUUGGGUAAUUAAUAGAGAUGAAAAGGCUGCAGCAUUGCCAGGAUAUUUAAUUUCUCACAAGAACAGGAAGUAUCAUAUGUUAUUUACACACACCUUUCAAAGCACAAAUUCCAAUAAACCAUGGAUGUGAAUCCCAAAUCAUGACUAUUC